GUUCUUGUUGUCAAACAAUUUCGGUUGUUUUUUCGAAAAGUUUUUCCUUUUUUCUUCCUUUAUUAGCUCCGAUAAGUUAUCGAAAGAUUCAAUUGACAUCCUAAAGUAGUUGAAAAAUUUAGGUUCACACGUCCCGAGACUCGGAUAAAGUGUAAUGUUUGCAAGCUUGAGGUACGUCUAUUUUUUGUAAAAUAGGAUGAACCCAAAAAUGUCGUUCUUUUUGUCUAUUACGCUGUCUUCUUCGAUAUAGCAUCCAUAAACAAAUUGUAUCUGUAACGUCCAUCUUCGACAGAAAGCAACACUCGACUGACUAGGGUAUAAACGCGCGCUUAACGCGUAAAAUCGGUAACCGUGUGAACAGUGGUAUCCGCGUCAAUGCGCGUCUAACGCCUGCCAUGUGAACUAGCUCUAUGUCUAGGUACCUGCGUUAUAUUAGAUAAUUCGCGGUGAUCCACAAUUUAAUUAAAGCUUGGCAAAAGGCAUUUUUUAUGUCUAUAAAUAUUAAUUUACUUUAUCUCAAUAAUGUUAGGAAGUCUAAUAGGAUUUUAAAUGUAUAAUUACCGUAAGUGGCGGGGAGAUAAGAUUUGUCUAGUAUUGUCUUACCGUCCUCCUCACCCCCGAGUAAGAUUAUCCGGUUACACCGGCCGGGACGUUAAAUAAUACCGGUUUUCUAAAUUAUCUCCAGUGUCUUUAAAAUGUAAAGUUUUACAAAAAACCAUACAAUUUAUUUGUUAUAUUUAUAAACUCUCUUUCCACCAGAUAAUUUGACGCUCACCCUAUCUCUAGUCGUCGUACCUAAUCUAAUCGAUAAAAUAAAAACAAGUGUUGAUCAUAGCUGUGACACAACACGACGAAAGUAUGAUUUAUAUGUUUAUUAUGUUGAUUCAUUCGUCUGUUUUAGUUUGUUAAGCGAAAGUUUUUGUUUCCUCGGACAUGGAUACCGUACACAAAGAAUUGUGCGGGUAUAAAUUAGAUACAAUCCGCAGAAAAAUUAAUUCGAUAGUUAGGGAGGGUAUACCGGCCCACUAGUACCGUAGCCAGGAAACAAAUUCGGGCGGAAGGCACUGAUGAUUUUGUUUUAUAAUGUACUAAUAAAUAUUAGUGUCUAAAUAAAUAAAAAAAAUCUAAAUUGAUUGAUAAACACACUAAAAUAAUCGAAAUAAUCAAAAAUAUUUCCGGUGGGAGGACGCACGAACCUCUCUAAAAUUGAAUGCCCCGAUUUUUAGUCUCAAAUAAAUGACAGCCCCAAAUCUAUAGGCACCUAAAGUAAGUAUUCUGUAAUACAUAUAACUCUUCUAUUUUUUUCUCAGUUACCUCUAUUGAUUUAUAAUUAUAUAUUACAAUGUAUCAACGUUUAAUAAAUUAUUGUGAUUGUUGGAGAUAAGGUCGACGGUGUAACUACGGAUGAUUGUUUCAAAUUUCAGCCCGGUCGGCGAACGACGGGUCGGGGAAGUUUAGUCUGGCCAGUAAAAUCCGGUUAAGUAAACUAGUCGGUGGCGGUUUUGGCAGUGAGGCACCGCCUCACACCUGUAAUUUCCCUGAAAUAAUAUAAAUUGUAUUUUUAUUUUAUGUACCUACUACAAUUUAAAAUUUGAAUACUUUUACGUUUUCAAUUAAGGUUUUAUUUUAUUAUGGAAAAAAAAUUAAACCAUUUCAUUUUUUUCCAUGCAAGUUGUACGAGACACUGGUUUUGAUACACCGCAAUGGCGCAGUAUACAGCAAGAGUAUCUAUUAACGUACCUAUUCGGGUUACUUAUACAUUUCAAUGUCACACCGCAUCAACGUCUGUGGACCCAAACAAAAUAUUUUGAAAUAUUAAUCAUCUUGUGAUUUUCUUAUCAUAUUUAUUGAUAAAGAAUUGACUGUUAUCUGUUGUUCUCUCUCUAGACGCCUGUAAGUUGUGAUGUUUCCGUACCUAUUUAUCAUUUUAAAUAAAAUUGUUCUCAGCCUUUGUAGCUGUGAUUUAUACUCUCAUACUUUUUUUGAAUCGCCGUUAUGACCAAUGUAGACGUUUUGGAACAACUGAAGUUGGUCCUCAAGCCCGACUUGCCUGACCGUCGGUUGGUGUGCAUCGAGGAAACGGACACCGCCAAAAGUGACGUGAUCUUGUCGUUUUACAUGUGGUAUAUAUUCAACAAGACCGACAGUCCAGUAUGUAUGGUAGGUAUCCGCGACACCUACGGACACUAUCAAAAUGUGGGCAUGAAAUUCCAUUACAAUCUGUUGUCCAUGUCUAAUAAGAAAAGGUUUACAUUCGUCGAGUCCGAGACAUCAGCAAGUGGUCUCGUCGCCUGCGCUCAAAAGCUAAUGGAGCGACACCCUACCGGUCCUGUGUAUAUGAUUGUAGACGACAUUAGCACUGUGUUACUAUUGGCUGAGAAACUAGAGGAUAUUGUUGGUUUCUUGACAUUUGCUAAAUGUCAAGAACGUUUGACACUUGUGUUCGGAUGCUGGAAACAUAAAUCAGACGAGUUGGCCAAGAGACUCGCGUGUAUAGCAUCGCAUUUGGCUGAUAUCAGAGUGGCAUUAGCACCAUUAGUUACAGGGUUUUCAAACACAGCCACAGGUACAAUGAGGAUCACUUCAAACAAAUCCUUAUAUCAAAUUGAGGAUAUAUCUUACUUGUAUAAGUUAACUGAUAAUGGAUUAACAUUAAAAUUAAACUCUGGGACUAUUAAAUGAUAAUUUAAAUUUUUACGAAAAAUGUUUGCCGAAUCAUUAUUGCCCGUUAUUCAUUAUACGGUUUUUAUACAGUUUACAGUUAUUAUAUUGUCAAUAAAGGUUUAUUAAAAUGUAAUACAGAAAUUAAUAAACAAUUACUAUAAAGAAAUUAUCAGACAUAAAUGUACUAACUCAUCAAACUAUAAGACCGCAUAACGUAAACUGUAUUGCCUGAAAGUUAAUAUCACCAAUCAAAAGAAUAAAAUAUUUGAUUACAAUCUUGGGUGGAAUCUACAUACCAACAAUUUAAUAGUUAAAUUGUAUUCUAUAACUAAUUUUUAAACUUCAUAAAUUCAAAUACAUAGUUUUACUUCAUACUUGAAGGAUAGUCAUGUCUUUAGUUUAUUUACACCAAUUUAUAAUACAAUAUAGCUUAAACUAUUUGGGUGAUGCAUCUAAAACUGUUAUUGAUCUAAUAAAGGUUCAACAAAAUAAUAUAAUUUAUCUAUGUUAAAAGUACACACUCACCUAUUCCAAUUAUAAACAGUUUAAUGUGCCACCAAUUGAAUUGUUCUGAAAAAAAAAAAAACUCGCCAUAAUAUUUGUUUAUUAUUAAAAGUCUAGUUUUUAUUUUGCAAAGAGGAUGUUAAUCUCACGAUAGAGAAACAAAUAAUAAUGUGUCAUAAUGUGAUCUAUACAAAUACAUUUUUCGGUCAAAACUUCAUAAAUUAUUUGGGUUCUGUAAUAUUUAACUCUUUGCCAAUUAAUGUAAAAAUAAAUAUUUUAAAUGGAAAUACUAAUAUUAAGACUUGCAUCAACAAUACGUUCGUAUUUUUUAAGAAAUUGGGUAAAUGUAUAAAUGAAAUGCUAGUUACUUAUCUGUAUUUUAAGUAAUUUAUAAAUAUAUUAAUAACUCCCUGUCCCAUCGCAAGCUCAGCUGAAACAAGUGGCUAAUUGUUUGUUAUAUUAUAUUAAUUUUUUGUAUUUUAUAUUUUGUUAAUUUGAUAAUAAUAAAAAAAAAAUAUACUGACAAAACAUAAUAUAAUAUGUUGUAUUUUUAACAUAAAUUAUAUUAGGUUAGGCACCCAGUAACUUACAAAUAAAUGGUUUAACAACUAAAAAUAAAAAUCUCUAAUAGUAGGUACUUAAAAAUAAUAAAACAAUUAAAUUUUUACUAAAUACUUAUAUAAUAAUAACACAACAGAAUACAAUUGUAUAAUUUACAUAAAAGACAAGUUUUCAAAUUAUCUUAUUUUCUUAAUAUUUUGAAUCUUAAUUUUCUAUUACUGGAAUGAUUAAGAAGAAUAUAAUAAUAUAGUGGUUCAUUACAUAAAUUUAUAUUUUUAAUCUAUAAUAGGUAGUAAGUGUUUAUUAAAACAUAAUAUUAUUUAAAUAUUAACUAGUUUUUAACAAAUAUAUACAAAAUGGUAGAUAAUAGACAAUAAUUGUUCAUUUAAAAUUAACUUCAUUGGUUUUUCAAUUCAGAAAUAUUUUGUAGUAAUAAAUAUUCAUGAAUAUUUAUGAAUCAUGUAUAAAUUGUAAAUUUUUGGUUUUGACACAAUAAAUAUGUUAUAGAUUAUAUAUCGUACAAUGAAAUAAAAAAUGUUUUUAUAAAAACUAGACAAAUUAACUACCAGGACGAGUCGUCUGGUAAGGAAAUAUUUGUUAACAGAUAGAAAAAACAGUAAAAUCAAUAUAUUUCACACUACACUCAAAAUUUAAAAUUAUAAAUAGCUAUAUAUAAAGUACAAUAAAAUAUAUAAAUUAUAAAAUAACAUUUAAAUUUAUGCAACCAAACAGAUUAAAUUAAUAUUAUGAAACUAACUAUAUUAGGAGUUUUUUUUAUAUUUGCAACGUUACUUUUUAAUAGAAACCCUGUUUUUUUUUUUUUUUAAUACCGGAGUAAAAUGUAUUGAUUCAAUAAAUAUGGUUAAAUAUUUUAAAGGUACUUUUAAUAUAGCAGGGUUGUUUUAUUUUGAAUAAGUUAAAUACAUUAACUAAUACAAAUAUCUAUUGAAUCCUUAAUAUCUUAAAAUACCUUUGUAAUAUUUAUCAACCCUGCAGUAAAGUCAUUCAAAUAAAUAUUUUUAAUAACAUGUACUAUAAAAAAUGUUUGUGAUAAAAUAUGGCAACGCAAUAUUAACAUAACAAGUGUAUCAAAAUCAAUAAGCCUUAUAAUAAUUUGUCGAAGUAUUUUAUUUAGGUUUCGUAUCUAGGUAAUCAGAUUGAUGAAUAUUUGGUUGAAAAAAUAUUCAUAUGGUACAAAUAAAGUUAAAACAUGCAUAUUGGCCAGUAUAGGUAUAAUACAUAAAUUAUUAGGUUUUUUUUUUUUAAUAGUAUGUACUUAAUUUUUUGUCAUAUUUAUGUAUUGCACUUUAAUUUAUUAGGAUUAAUUAUUCAGUCUUGUAAGAGAAAGUUAUAAGUGUUUUUUGUUUUUUUUUUUAAGAACUAUUAGUUAUUACCAAAAAUUAGUCAAAAUUCAAUUAAUUUAACUCUGUGUUAGAUUUAUAAAUCUAUAGGUUCCUAUACAUAUAAUAUUAUUUCGAAGAGAUGAAAGUAAUUUAUAUGAAUUAGCUUUGUAGUUAUCAUUUGACAAACUGAAUACUGAAAUUAAAAGCUAAUAAAUUAUAUAACAUUAAAUUUAAGAAAAACCAACAGCAACAAUAAUAAUAUAAACUACUUUAUCAAUAGCAAAUAAGAAUUGAGGAAGUAGUUAUCAAUUACCAAUUAUCAAUAACCAUUUUUUAAUUAAUAGAAUAGCUUUAAAAUAUCUAUAUUGUAUAAAAAGGAUUUUCUUUGAAAAUGUAUAAAUAAAACAAUAUAAUAAAAUUAUUAUUUUAUUUAUGCUAAUUAAUAUUAUUGAGAUUCUAUGCCAUUUUAUGAUUUUACGUUAUUUUUCACUAAGCAAAUUAGUUAAAUAGAACAAAUAAUUAAUCGCUUGUGGUAAAAUUGUUUAAACCUACAGUUUGCAAUUUAAAACUUAAUUUAAUCAAUGGACGGUAAUAUCUACAUAUUGUUUUAAGUAACAUAUUUACUAAAUCAAAUUAUAGUUGAUAACUUCAAAACAGUAGCUUGAUUAGAUCUUUGAAGCACAAUCUCGCCCCUGGGCUGAAGCCAGGGUUCGCCGUCAAUCUGAACUGGUAACUUUUGUAAUAAUUUCACCUAAAAUUUAGGAAAUUAAAAUCGUAACUUGGCAAAUAUAACAUUUCAAUUGUAUAUAACCAAACUUGAAUAACGUACUCUAAUUUUAGAUGCUUGGCCAAUUCUAAUGGGUUCUGCUAUACCCAUUUUUAAUUGAGCUAUAUGCAUGGAAGACCUUAUACCAAGUACUUCUAACAAUCCAUCAUCAAUAAACUGUGAACCAAAGUCAUUACCAUCAUUCGCUGCUAAUUGCCACAAAUUUACACCAGCACCCCAAGAUUCAAUAUUAACAACAACAAUAGAUUCAAUAUCUGGUAAUGUUAUUUUUGCAUCAUCCAUAUACAACUCAAUCAUAUCAGGCAAACCUUUACACUGAUGUUCUAAAACUUGUUGUGUACCACAUCCAACAUAUAUUAUCUUGUUGAAUAAUGUACUGUUAAAUAGGUACAAUGGUGAUUUUCUUGUACGAUGAAAGUUUAAUGUUAUCUGAGCAUCUAAACCAAUACCUAAAUAAUUGUACAUUGUGAUAGUAUUCACUAUUUUUAUUUUCUUCAAUACAUUUGAGAAAAUAUUUACUUUCCACC